AUGGUCGCCUGUGCGCCUUACGGUGGACCAAUCGCCACCGUCCGCGACCCGAACCACCUUUCCAGGCGCGGCAGCAGUGCAGGCUCGGCAGCGCAGGCUCGGCAGUACAUAUCAGUGUUCUCAGCAGCUGGACGGCCGAUUUCGCGGUUUUUGUGGGAGCCUCCGGGAGGGAGGCUGAUGGGGUUGGGGUGGAGAGAGGAUGCAGUGGGAGGGCUGGUGCUUGUAACGGUGCUUGAAGACGGCACUGUUCACCAGGAGCCAGAGGUCUUCCCCCUGGCAGACCCAGGCCUCUCAGAGCCAUUGACAGUGUCAAGCCACCUUCCCCCUUUUCGUUCCCCAACCACUACCCCCCCCACACUUCCCCCCCAACAGGAACCAGAGGUCUUCCCCCUGGCGGAUCCGGGCCUCUCUGAACCGCCCGCCUGCAUGGCUGUGCUAGAGCCCGUGAUGACGUCAUCGGAUGACGUCAGCGGGUCCCAGGUGGCGGUGCUGCUGGGAACGGAGGCGGCUCUCUUGAGGGUGGAUGGGGACACGGUGCAGCGCGUGGGUGCCCCAGAGAUGACCACAGCAGUGCAGCGCAUGGCAGUGUCAGCUUCCGGGAAGCUUCUGGCGUGCUUCACGGCGGAUGGUCAGCUGCAUGUGCUGCUGACGUCAGACCUCUCCAGGCGGAUCUCCCACUAUGACACUCAGGUGGGAGAUGGGGUAAAUAGACUCAAAUGGUUAGAAAAACUUCUUUCGAGGCGCCUGAAAAGAGGGCAGCACCCCUGCCAGGAAGGCUCGGGUCUCCUCUCAGCACCCCCCCCCCCUGCCCUCGUGCUGGCGGGCCUGCCUGGGCACGCCAUCAAGCACUCCCUGCCCUCGUGCUGGCGGGCCUGCCUGGGCACGCCAUCAAGCACUCCCUGCCCUCGUGCUGGCGGGCCUGCCUGGGCACGCCAUCAAGCACUCCCUGCCCUGCCCUGCCCACGCAACCCUCCUUUCUCCCGUGCCUCCAUGCCUCCACUCCAUGUGUGCAGAUUGUGCUACCACCAGACCAGACGCCAUGGCAUGGUGUGGCGAGGACGCGGUGCUGCUCUCCUGGCAGCACCCCCCUGCUCGGGCCUCAUCCACACACAGAUACUCUCUCCCCUCUCCCUCCUGCAGAUCGUGUUACCACCAGACGCCAUGGCAUGGUGUGGCGAGGAUGCGGUGCUCCUCUCCUGGCAGCACCCCGCUGCCCUCAUGCUCACAUGCACACCCUCCCCUCCCUCACCUCCUUCCCCCACCAUCCCCUGCUGCAGAUCGUGCUACCACCACACGCCAUGGCAUGGUGUGGAGAGGACACGUGCUCUCUGCCCUGCCCUGACCGCCCAUGUGCCCACUGCUUGUGUGCAGAUAGUGCUACCACCAGAUGCCAUGGCAUGGUGUGGCGAGGACGCGGUUCUCCUCUCCUGGCAGCACCCCACUGCCCUCAUGCUCGUCGGCCCUGGGGAUGCCAUCAAAUACUCAUUAGGAGGGGAAGAGGACGACGAGGAGGAGGUGGAGGGGGAGGAGGAAGAUGGGGAGAUAGAGGGAGAGGCAGGAGGGGAAUGGAGUAGGCGCCGCGCGUUCGGCUUGGCAGCUCUUCGCAGUGUGCCAGCGUCAGCAUCAGCCCUUGACACCACCACCACCACCACCACCGACAGCUGCCUAAUCCUCAUUCCCGAGUGUGACGGCGUCCGUCUGCUCUCCUCCUCCCACUCUGACUUCAUCUCUCGGGUUCCCGAACCCACCGUAGCCGCCUUUGCUCUCGCCAGCACCGCACCCCCUGCUCUGCUUCUAGAGGCUGUGCCAGCGCCAGCAUCAGCCCUUGAUACCACCACCGCCACCACCGACAGCUGCCUAAUCCUCAUCCCCGAGUGUGACGGCGUCCGCCUCCUCUCCUCCUCUCACUCCGAUUUCAUCUCUCGGGUCCCCGAACCCACCGUAGCUGCCUUUGCUCUCGCCAGCACCGCACCCCCGGCUCUCCUCCUAGAGGCGUUUGGGCUGUUUGAGAGGCGGUCGGGGAAGGCGGAUGAGCAUGUGAGGGCGAUGGGGGUGGCGGUGAUGGGGGAGGCGGUGCGAGGGUGCAUGCAUGCUGCUGCGCAUGAGGGGGAUGUGGAUGGGCAGAAGCGGCUGCUCGCUGCUGCUGCCUUUGGCAGGGCAUUCUGCAGGAAGUUUCCUCGCGAUCGCAUGAUGAGUCUGUGCAAGGACUUGCGGGUGUUGAACGCUGUGCGGAGGGCAGAGGAGGACGGGCUGACCAAUGGCGUGAGGGCAAUGGAGACAGCUGGCAUGCCGCUCACGUACGCACAAUACAAGGAGCUCUCCCCAGCGCGUCUCAUUGCCCGCCUGUGCUCCACACACCACCAUCUGCUCGCUCUUCGCGUAGCUGCAUUUCUCGGCCUUCGCACGGAGAGUGUGUUGGAGCACUGGGCUAUCUCCAAGAUCCUAUCUGCAUCGCAAAUGCCUGAUGAAGUGCUCUACGACACCAUAACAAAGCAGAUCGACACAGACAAGCGUGGAAGCCUCGCAGUAUCCUUCGCAGCCGUGGCUACAGUGGCAUUUCAUACAGGCCGGCACGAGCUGGCCACGCGGCUGCUGGAGAGGGAGGUUCACACGGGGAGGCAGGUGCGCCUGCUCUUGGAAAUGGGAGCGUUUGAGGCGGCACUGUGGAAGGCAGAGGCGGGGCCAGAUGCGGAUUUCGUGCUCCAAGUGCUCUUUCAACUGCUCGAUAAGGCGCCAGAGGAGCAGGUGUUUGAGCUGCUCAAGAGCCACCCCACUGCCCGAAGCCUCUUCAUCUCAUACUGCAAAAAAUCCGACAUUCCUCUUCUCAUGCGGUUCUAUGAGCACUCCUCCAUGCACCAGUGUGUGGCAGAGCAAAUUGUGAAGCAGGGAUUGCAGGAGGGGCUGAAUAGGUGGGGAGCGGAGAGGGUGAGGGAGCUCGAAGCAGCAGCAGAGCUCCUCUCACGGACCAGAGACCACGGGUUUCAGUCAAAAGCGGUGGAAGAUUCCGUGAAGCUCCUGCGCUUUCAGCAGCAGUUGGAUGCAGCAGGGAUGCAGCUUCCCCCACCCACCACCACUGCCACUGCCACUGGUGCAGGGGAAGGUGGGGGGAUUGGGGAGGAGGAGGGCAGGAGGAGGAGUGUGGUGGGAGCGAGUGUGAACGAGACGAUUGCUGCUUGCCUGGCUGCGGGGAACCACAGGGAAGCGCAGAAGCUGAAGGGCGAUUUCAAGGUACCAGAGAGACGCUAUUAUUGGCUGAGACUGCAGGCUCUGGCGCGCCUAAGAGACUGGGAGGGGCUGGAAAAGCUGUUCAAGGAGCGACGGCCUCUGGUGGGGCUGCGGGCGUUUGUGGAGGCGUGUGUGGAGCAAGGCGCUGUGGUGGAGGCUGCUAAGUAUGUCGGCAGGAUUGCAGAUGCGGGCGAAAGGGAAGAGGCGUGUGUGGAGCAAGGCGCCGUGGUGGAGGCUACUAAAUACGUUGGGAGGAUUGGGGACGCGGGUGAAAGGGAAGAGGUGAGAAAGGAUUGGGUUGGGUUGGGUGCAGGGUGGGCAGGUGAACGGGUGGGCCUAGGGGCCUUUGUGAAGGCGUGUGUGGAGCAAGGCGCUGUGAUGGAGGCUGCUAAAUAUGUCGGCAGGAUUGGCGACGCAGGAGAAAGGGAAGAGGUGAGAAGUGAGGGGCAGGGGAUGGAAGUGGACUCGAAAAGAGGGCGGGAAGAUUAG